AUGACGCAAUCAGACUCGGCAGCAAAGGCCGAAGUGCCUCCUCCGAGUGACAGCGGUCUGGUCAGCUCAGGACUCUCGCCACGCCCCACCAGUGUGGUGGCCCGUAAAAGGCUUCUUCAUUCAAAAGAGCCCCAUGCCUCGUUGGAAAUGAGCAAAUUAAGGGAUUUCGAGAUAAUAGAGAAGUUGGGGCAGGGAACGUUCGGGGUGGUGCAAAAGGCCAAGUCCAAACGGUCGGGAAAGUUGGUUGCACUUAAGCAGCUUAUCAAUCACUCAGCCAAAGAAGGGUUUCCCAUCACAGCCAUGAGAGAAAUCACCAUUUUGAAGCAGUUAAGACACGAAAACAUCCUCAAGAUCUCCGAGAUGAUUUUCGAGGAGCCUAGGGUCUCGAAUCUGGCCGAUUUGGUGACGCAUAGAGGCUGUUUUUACACUGUGUCGCCAUAUAUGUGUUCUGAUCUCGUUGGAUUAUUAGAAAACCCAGCCAUACAUCUCGAGUUGGAGCACAUCAAGUGCUUGAUGUCGCAACUCUUGCACGGGAUCCAGUUCAUCCACGAAAACAAGUUCUUGCACAGAGACAUCAAGGCAGCAAAUAUUUUGAUUGACUUUAAUGGAGUGUUGAAAAUAGCCGACUUCGGGUUGGCCAGAACGUACCAUGGUGACGUUCCAGUGCUUGGAAAAGGACCAGGUGGAGGUGAACGUUCCUACACCGGAUUGGUGGUCACCAGGUGGUACAGACCUCCGGAAUUGUUGUUGGGAGAGCGCAAGUAUACCACGGCAGUUGAUUUGUGGGGAAUUGGCUGUGUUUUCGGGGAGCUUUUCACACAUAAACCAAUUUUGGUCGGAAAAUCAGAUGUGCACCAAGCACAGUUGGUAUUUGGGCUCGUUGGUCCACCAACAGACUGGACACAGGCAGCAUUGUUACCCAACAAAUCGGACUUCAACAUCGGACUCACGUGCAAGAGAACGUUGGAGGCCAGAUUCAAGGAUUUGAUGCCGGAAGACGGGAUUUCUCUAUUAAGUGGCUUGCUCACUUUGGACCCCUUGAAGAGAUUCAAUGCGUUGGACGCUUUGAAGCAUGAAUUUUUCUCCAAUAGUCCUGUUGGAGUGAAGCCACACGAAUUACCAAAGUUU